AUGCGGAGGAUCGUGGACUCUAGGCGCCUUCGGCUUUUCCUCUCGGGAUUGGCCGCAUUUACGGCCGGUUCUUUGACAACUGGCGCUGGUUUUCUUCUCUACGGUGGCCUACCCAAUGCCUUUGAUGAUGAUCGGCCAAUAUUCAAAAUGGCGCUGUGCAGAGCCGCACCUGGUGCUUCUCGCACUUUAGUGGGUGGGGUAGGUGACACGGUAGAUAGCAGUUUUUUGCAGCCGGACGCGCACCCCUCCGCCUUCAGCAAGGAUGGUCCCCUUCCUGACGCCGUCGCAUACGUUGGCCUUCCAACUGCGGAACCCGUGAAGAUCCUCCCUGGGUUUUUACUGUUGUAUGACCGACGUACGCGUAUACCACGUUGGACUUUGGAACAUCUAACCUCCGAAAGCUUCAGGGGUAAUGAAACUGAUGUGGUUGACCGGUAUGUUGAACUUCACUGUCUUUAUUUUAAGUCCGGUGAUUCAGCACUUUUUGCCCUUCUUCCGUAG